GUGGAUUUAGACAUGUACCAAAGCUCCUACAUGGUCAACUAUAAACAGUAUGGGAAGCACAAGUACUCCAGAGUCAUACCACGAGAGCAAGUGAAGGUGGAGACCCAACUUCGGGAAAAAGAGUUUUAUAAGUUCAUACCCAGCCCCAACCCCAAGCUAGAGGAUGGAUACCCUGCCUUCAAAAGAUACUACAUGAAUGCCAAAGACCUGGGACACCCCAGCUUCUUCCCACCAGUGGAUCAUGUGAGCACAGUGAAGGAUGAAUGUAGGUUCCCCAGCAUCUGCCCUUCCAUGCACCCAGUUUCCCAUGCUCUGUACCUGGCCCAGGGAAACCCGAACCGGGUCCACCGGAGUGCCGACUUUCUGUGCCUCCUGGAGCCAGAGCACCAACCUUCUGCAGAGGAAGGCAAAGGCUACCUCCUAUUGCCUGGCUGCUUCUGUCCUCAUCACUGCACAGUCAAGGUCCCCAUCAUAAACCGAUGGGGCCCUCUACUGCCGUUUUACCAGUAAAAAGGGUAAGAACACUUUCCAAGGUCACUGUGGAAAUCCUUCACUCUCAUAAGCAAAUCUCUGCUCUGGUUUUGGAUUGCAGAGAGGAGGACUGAAAAUUAAACCUUGGAAAGAUGUUCCACUUUGAGUGUAGUUUUGCCUUACUGCCUGGCUCGCCCUAGGACAUUAGCAUCCCCACCACAGGAAGAGAAAGGGAGGGGAAAAAAAAAAGAAAACUGGAGGUAUGGAGGGCUGGAACUUGUGUGAUGUUUCAUUAUAAGUAAGAAUCUUGCUGUAAAUAUUACUGUUUUAGGCAUUUACUUACAAAUUAGGAAAAAUUGUUUCCCAUAGUCAUCUGAAUACUAAGUGUGACAGUGCAACUUGAAAUGCUGUUAGCUAGCUUUUCUCCUCACUACUCUGGUACAAUCAGGAGUAACCAGAUAGAAGCCAUCAAUAGAGCUUUUAUAAACAUAUGCAUGUAUGAACUGGUUAGAAAAUAAGCUAAGAACUUAUUGUAAAAUAAGCUUACAACUAAAGACUGCUGUAACAAAGAGAACCAUAAUACAACGACUUGAACAACAUGAGAUGGGCAGUCAAGGAAGGUGUGGCAUCUUUUCUAUGGCUUCCAUUGCUGGGUCUAAGAUGGCUGUUAUGACUAAACUGUGUGCUCCCCUCAAAGCCAUAUGUUGAAACUCUAACCCCCAAUGUGACUUAUUUGGAGAUAGGGACUUUAUGAGUUAAUUAAGGUUAAACAAGGUCAUAGGUGUGGGGCCCUAACCCAAUAAAAGUGGUGUCCUUCUAAAAAGAGGAAAUUUACUUUCAAUGCUCUAGCAAAAUAAAGUGUUGGUAGAAUAGGGGAGUAGGUAAAACAAUACCAGUGACAAAACAAUACAAGUUGUAACUGGUUGAUGAGAACAUGGAAGUUCAUUAUGCUAUUCUCUCUACUUUUGU